AUGCCAGCAGCUACAUCCCCCUCCCCGCCUCUAACCGGCACCGACACCGGCACCGGCAUCACCAAACUGACCAACUGCCGUCUCAUCAUCGGCGACUCCCUCAUCCCAUCCGACCUCUUCAUCGACUCCCUAACCGGCAAGAUCCUCGAACCCUCGAACAACACCCUCCUCCCAGACAUCACCCUCGAUCUCCAAAACCGCAUCGUGUCCCCCGGCCUCAUCGACUGCCAACUCAACGGCGCCUUCGGCUUCAACUUUUCCACCCUCACCUCCUCCACCGAAUACCUCAAAAACAUCCACUCUCUCAACAAGAAACUCAUCCGCACCGGCGUCACUUCCUAUCUCCCCACUUUAACUUCCCAGAAGCCUGAACUAUACCACUCCGCGCUUCCACACCUCGGUCCUCUCCCCGGUAUCUCCUCCUCCUCCAACCACCACCACCGCAACCCCCAAAAUGGAUCCGAAUCCCUCGGCGCCCACGUCGAAGGCCCCUUCCUCUCUCCCCUCCAACACGGGAUCCACGACCCCUCCGUCCUGCGCGCCGCCCACUCUUUCCAAGAUCUCGAACACGUCUACGGCUCUUCCAACCUUUCCUCCUCCUCCGGGUCCUCGGGAGGAGGAGCAAACAUCAAAUUAAUCACCAUCGCUCCCGAACGCGGGUCCAUCGUCACUCUCAUUCCCGAGCUCGUCGCCCGCGGAAUUAUCGUAUCCAUAGGACACACCGAGACUUCCCUCCCUGUAGCUUCCGCGGCAGUCAAAGCGGGCGCAAAGAUGAUCACCCACUUGUUCAACGCCAUGAAACCCCUGCAUCAUCGCGAACCGGGGGUGUUUGGUCUUUUGGGAUUACCUGCAUCUGCACCUGCACCUGCACCUGCAUCUGUAUCUGUAUCAGGAGAAGAAGGUGAAGAAGAUAAGACUUGCAAAAGACCCUAUUACGGCGUAAUAGCGGACGGCAUCCACUUGCACCCCUUGUCCGUCUGUUUGGCGUAUAACUUGCACCCUAGGGGUUUCAUUCUGGUUACGGACGCGAUGCAUCUGGCGGGCAUGCCGGAUGGGAAGUACGAGUGGGUUAAUGGGGAGAAAACAGAGUGGAUUGAAAAGAGGGGGAGUAAGCUUUGUAUUGCUGAGCCACCGCCGUCGUCGUCGUCAUUGCCGCCGUCACCACCGUCGUCACCACCACAAUCGCUAUUGGUGGGAAAACAAAAUGGGAACCACGUCAAUGGCUAUGUCAAUGGCGGCCCGGGAAGAAGUCAGGGUGAGGAGGCAACAACCCAAAAUGGCAAUGGGGUAGAAAAGAAGAAAAAAUGUGGAGGAGGAGGAGGAAUAGCAGGUAGCUCAGCCACUCUCCUCGAAUGCGUGAACAAUGUCUUGCAAUGGACGGGGAUGCCGGUGCCCAAGGCGUUGGCGAGUGUGACUAGCACGCCGGCCGAGAUGCUGGGAUUGAAGGGCGUCAAGGGGAGUUUGGAGUCGGGGGCGGAUGCGGAUUUGGUGGUUUUUGAGGAGGUGGAGGUUGAGGUUGAGGAUCUGCUGGAUGGAAGUGGGAAGAUAAGCAGAAAGCAGUUGGUUGUUGAUGAGGUUUGGAAAUUUGGGGAGAGAGUCUUUGUGAGGGAUGGGACUGCUUUGGUGAGUUCGAAAUCAUAAUGGGGAGGGAGUUGGGGCUUGAGAGAUGUUGAAUGAUUUCUUGGUCAUGCAGCUUUGUUUCCUUGCAAGGUAGGGGAAGAAAGUAUAAUGCUGAAUGUCUGUUGGCUUGCC